GUUGGCUGAAGUAGCUCUCCUUCCAAGCAUGUAUCAUUAGCAGAAAGGAUAUGCAAAUCAUUUUAUUUGGGUGAAAUUUUUGUUUGAGCUUCUCAUUCUUGUGAAGCUCAAACAAAAACAUUUCGUGAUUUGACAACAUCAAUCGAUGAGCAUAGAAAAACCAAACAAGAAUGCACCUUUGAACGCACCGUCCUUUCAUCCUACGCACCCGAAGAGAAGUUACAUUUUCACAUCCCCAUCACUUGUCUUUAACAAAGUGGCAAGAGUUCAAGAUGACCACACGUCUUCGCGUGAUCUUCGGGGUCGGUACUCUGCUGUUUCUCGUCGUCAGCCCAGUCCAUGGAUCUGACAACGCCACCACCCCAUUAGUUCUGUGGCAUGGAAUGGGAGACAGCUGCUGCAACCCACUCAGCAUGGGCGCAAUAAAGAAAAGGAUUGAGGGAGCCAUACCUGGAAUAGACGUGCUGUCACUGAUGAUUGGCAAGACUGUCAUUCAGGACACGGAGAACGGUUUCUUCAUGGACGUCAACGAGCAGGUGGCCAUGGUGUGCAGCCAGCUGUCCCAGGACCCCAAGCUGAAGAGUGGCUACAACGCCAUGGGCUUCUCCCAGGGAGGGCAGUUUCUGAGGGCCGUGGCUCAGCGUUGUCCAUCUCCUCCAAUGAAAACCCUAAUCUCCAUCGGGGGACAGCAACAAGGGGUGUACGGUCUCCCUAGAUGCCCAGGAGAGAGUUCUGUUAUCUGUGACUGGAUUCGCAAGAAACUGAACUCUGGAGCCUACACUGAUGUGGUGCAAAAACACUUGGUGCAGGCGCAGUACUGGCAUGACCCACUGAAUGACGACUUGUACAAAAAACACAGCCUCUUCCUGGCUGAUAUCAACCAGGAACGGGUUGUGAAUGAGACCUACAAGAAGAACCUCCAAAUGCUGGACAAGUUUGUAAUGGUCAAGUUCUUGCAGGACACUGUUGUGGAUCCAGUUGACACUGAGUGGUUUGGUUUUCUGAAAACCGGCCAGGCAAAAGAGACAGAGACACUCCAGGAGAGUGUUCUUUAUAAAGAGGAUCGACUGGGAUUAGCAGCGAUGGAGGCAGCUGGAAAGCUGCAUUUUCUUGCCACAGAGGGAGAUCACCUCCAAUUCACUGAAAAGUGGUUCAAUGAGAACCUAUUGCCUUAUCUACGUUAAAUUAGCUAGGCUACCUUUGCAGGGGGUCGUAUUCGCACACAACUAUUGCACUGAUCAUUCCUAUAUCAAAUCAAUACCAUCCUGCUUCCUUCACUCAAUGUUGAAAUUCUAGUUGGUGUAGGCAUACAUGACCUUUGCACUAAUCAUUCCUCUGAAAUCAAUGCUAUAUUGUCUGAAGCUAAUGUAUCAGUUUUAAUAUUUUAAUUUUUUUUAUCAAUUUAAUGUACUUUAACAGAACGUUUGUUGAUUUUCAGAAGACUUUAAUUUGGAUACAUUUGGUACUGUGAAGUUCAGAAUAACAAUUAAAGGUAUGUAAAAUA